GGCCGGGCUGGCGCGGGAGCGGGAAAGGGUGCGCUAUGCCUUUAACGCCCGCGUACAGUAGACAUGUAUAGUGGAGUGUAGGGAAACUAGGCGGGGUUAAAGUUCAGCUCAUGGAGCGGCAAUAGCGCUGGCUGGCAGCAGUUGAGCCGAGUUGGAAAUGUGAACGCAAGAAGCAGGCUUGAUUUUUUUUUUUCCUCUUCCCCCCUUCUCUCUCUCUCUCUCUCUCUCUCUCUUCCUCUCUCUCUCUCUCUCCUUUUGCACCCACACUCACGCACACCUCCACACCACACACCCCGCCGCACACCCACACCCCACCGCACGGCAGUUAUGUAUUCUCCGCUCUGUCUCACCCAGGAUGAAUUUCAUCCUUUCAUCGAAGCACUUCUGCCCCACGUCCGAGCCUUCGCCUACACAUGGUUCAACCUGCAGGCCCGAAAACGAAAAUACUUUAAAAAACAUGAGAAACGUAUGUCAAAAGAAGAAGAGAGAGCCGUGAAGGAUGAAUUGCUAAGUGAAAAACCAGAGGUCAAGCAGAAGUGGGCAUCCAGACUUCUGGCAAAGUUGCGGAAAGAUAUCCGACCUGAGUACCGAGAGGAUUUUGUUCUUACAGUUACAGGGAAAAAACCUCCAUGCUGUGUUCUUUCCAACCCAGACCAGAAAGGCAAGAUGCGAAGAAUUGACUGCCUCCGCCAGGCAGAUAAAGUCUGGAGGUUGGACCUUGUUAUGGUGAUAUUAUUUAAAGGUAUUCCUCUGGAAAGUACUGAUGGUGAGCGCCUUGUAAAGUCCCCACAGUGCUCCAACCCAGGGCUCUGUGUCCAGCCCCAUCACAUAGGGGUUUCUGUUAAGGAACUCGAUUUAUAUUUGGCAUACUUUGUGCAUGCAGCAGAUUCAAGUCAAUCUGAAAGUCCCAGCCAGCCAAGUGACACUGACAUUAAGGACCAGCCAGAAAAUGGACAUUUGGGCUUCCAGGACAGUUUUGUCACAUCAGGUGUUUUCAGUGUGACUGAGUUAGUAAGAGUGUCACAGACACCAAUAGCUGCAGGAACUGGCCCGAAUUUUUCUCUCUCAGAUUUGGAAAGUUCUUCAUACUACAGCAUGAGUCCAGGAGCAAUGAGGAGGUCUUUACCGAGCACAUCCUCUACCAGCUCCACCAAGCGCCUCAAGUCUGUGGAGGAUGAAAUGGACAGUCCUGGUGAAGAGCCGUUUUAUACAGGCCAAGGGCGCUCCCCAGGAAGUGGCAGUCAGUCAAGCGGAUGGCAUGAAGUGGAGCCAGGAAUGCCAUCUCCAACCACAUUGAAGAAGUCAGAGAAGUCUGGUUUCAGCAGCCCCUCACCUUCACAGACUUCCUCCUUGGGAACGGCAUUCACACAGCAUCACAGACCUGUCAUCACAGGACCCAGAGCAAGUCCACAUGCAACACCAUCGACUCUUCAUUUUCCGACGUCACCCAUUAUCCAGCAGCCUGGGCCUUACUUCUCACACCCAGCCAUCCGCUACCACCCUCAGGAGACGCUGAAAGAGUUUGUCCAACUUGUCUGCCCUGAUGCUGGUCAGCAGGCUGGACAGGUGGGGUUCCUCAAUCCCAAUGGGAGCAGCCAAGGCAAAGUACACAACCCAUUCCUUCCCACCCCAAUGUUGCCACCACCGCCGCCGCCACCAAUGGCCAGGCCUGUGCCUCUGCCGGUGCCAGACACCAAGCCUCCAACCACGUCAACAGAAGGAGGUGCAGCAUCUCCCACCUCACCAACCUACUCGACACCCAGCACCUCCCCCGCAAACCGAUUCGUCAGUGUUGGACCACGGGAUCCAAGCUUUGUAAAUAUCCCUCAACAGACACAGUCCUGGUACCUGGGAUAAAAGUCGCAGCGUCCCACCAUCCACCAGACAGACCACCUGACCCCUUCUCAACUCUGUAACAUGGACGCAACCUCAACCCAGCGCGGUUACAACUUCACUGUCAGUAGAAGGGGAGAAAAACAGAUUCAAAUCAACUUGUGCAAGGAAACAGCAAGCAUUAUGGUCAAACAGCAAAGGCCAUAACCUUUUGGGAUUUUCUUUUUUUUUUUUUUUUAAUACCUUAGGGACUGUUGUAAUUUUCUCAUAUGGUGCUGGAAAUGGUUGGGCUUUGUAGCAUUUGAAGUGUUUCCGUGGUGGCGUGAGCAGUAGGUGAUGUGGCUGGAGAAGGUUUACCCUUGCUCACUGACUUCCCGUUGUAACACACUUUCCGUAUGGAGCCUGGCUGUUUCACAGUAUUUCAUGAAUUUACCCACACAGGUGUGAUCCUCGAGCAAACCAGAGGUGCACGGAGAACUAAAUCUUUUGUAGUAGCUGAGAUCUGCAAUAUAUAACUUACGGGACAGUCAAAGGGCAAUGUUUUCUGUAACAUAUUGGGAAAAGAAAAUGCAGUUAUGUUCCUGUUUUAUUUUUUUUCUUUUUAGUCUGGUUUGGUUCAGCAGUCAGCAGUUAAGUAUGUAACAUGGCCCGCAAGGACAAUGAAUUCACUCACGUUGCAGAACAGUUCUGAAAAUGGCAAACUACUACUACUACUACUACUACUAUUCAGUUUUUUAAAAGUUUCAAAAUGCUGCACUUAACAUUUAAAAAAAAAACAACCAUUUUUUUUCAACAAUUUCAACAAUGACACAAAAAUUCAUAGGGAAAUGGGGAAGAUGGUCUGUUUUGACAGAAACUGACAGGAAUCAAUCAAAACAAUCGAAUUUUGAAUUGAGUAAAGUGCAAUUUCAUUGGAUAGCUAAAUAUCUUUGUAAGAUAGAGAUUGUUGAAAAUUCUAUUUUUGUUUUUCAAGUCCUUCCACCCCAGGACUCUAAAUUAUUGGGGUAAAAAACAGCCUUGCAAGAAAAAGGGGAGCUAUUUUUGCUUUUUAUGUUUUUUAUUGUUAAACUUGUAUCCCUUUAAAAACUGAAGG